AUGCAUGUGUCCAGUCCGCACCUCUCGCACUUCCAGACCCUGCCGCCGCUAGCAGAGGAUAUCGAUGACAUCAGCAAUGUCAGCGACGUGGCUUCAGCAGUUGGGGCCAGCAGCUUCAUAGGUAGUGUCUACAGCGACACCAAGGGCAGCAUCUCGCAGUUCUCUUCCAGACAGCUCUCGGCCUUCACCGCGCCGCCACGCUACAGAAACAGCGGCGCCUUUGUGCACGGCACGAAGUUUCGUAACUUUGCGCCCAUCAUGGAGCAAGGGCUGAAGGCUGCCAAGAGCGAGAUCUUCAUGAUCGACGAGGUGAGGCCGGAUGGCCGGGUCCCUGGACUGAAAGAGGCUCCGGAGAUUCUCAUCUUCAUCGACGAGGAGAAGGCACGGAGUGAAAACAUGGAGUUCGACUACGAUGCCAAGGAAGGCACCUGGAAGACGAGGGGCAUCGAUGGCGUGAUCCGGCCGUGGUUCUUUCAGAAGGUGGUGGACCAGCGCAAGGGCCCAGGCCGGGGCAAUGUCCUCUUCCAGUCCAAAGAGGACCCCUUGAUGCAGGCCAACAAGCUUCCGCCGAAGAUGCGGCCGCAAUACCUUUUGCACGCCACCUACUGGGAGAACGUGGCAGGAAUCCUUAAGGAAGGCAUCCUGCCAGCGAAGAACCCGUCCUCCACCAGCAGACGGCCUUUCAAGAGCCUGCUGCAGGGUGCCGAGUCGCAUGUCUACACCCUGCGUGGCACGGAAUCAAGCGUCCGGGAGGACAAGGAAGCCUGUCGACGGGGCCCUGGCCACUUGCUGAGCAAGGCUGAGCCGGAGGCUUUGCCCGAGGAUGAGCAGGCGGUGCACUUUUUGAUGGAGCGGGACCGUGUUGGACUGGAUCGGCACCCCGACGCCAUCUUCGUCAUUGACACCAAGAAGGCGGCGCAGAUGGGCAUUGAUCUCGAGCUCGUCCAAUCCGGCGAUCGCGAGGACAAUAUCUACGUGCGAGGCAAAGUCCCCAGCGAGCUGCUCACGGUGAAGCCCAACAUCCCGCUGAGCUUGCCCGAGUCGCUGAAGGCCAAGAUCGUGGACCCGAAGUCUUUCACAGAUGUGCCCAUCAUCGACCUGAGUCUUGGCGAGGCAGAGCUCGUGGAGCGGCUCCGCUAUGCCUGCGAGGUGGUCGGCUUUAUGCAAGUCACCGCGCAUGGAGUCUCAGAAGAGUUGCAGCAGAAGCACAUGGAGAUGCAGAAGCGCUUUUUCGCCCUGUCGCAGCAGAAGAAGGCGGCCGUUGCGUCAACAAGCGAGCUGGGCUGCGAGAGGAGUUGGGGCAUGGGACGUUGCAACUUUGUGUGA